UUUCCUGUUGGGGAAAUCGGCCGCGGAAACUAUCGUAAUGCUUAAGACUGCUUAUGGGGAUGCUGCCUUAAGUAAAACCAGAGUUUACGAUUGGUUUUCACGUUUUAAAAAUGGAGAAAUGUCUAUUGAAGACCAAUUUCGUUCAGGACGCCCCUCAACGUCAAGAACUGAUGAAAACCUCGACAAAAUCAAUGCCCUUGUUCGUGAAGACCGUCGCCGAACCAUUGAUCAACUCUGUGAGAUGUCGGGAAUUUCAUGGAGUUCAAUUCAGAGAAUUUUAUCCGAAGAUUUGCACAUGAGAAGGGUUGCAGCCAAAUUCGUCCCGCGACUUCUCACAGACGAGCAAAGGGAGCGUCGACUUCAGGCAUGUUUUGAGCUUCAAAAUCAGCUCGAAGAGGACCCUGAAUUUUUUUCCAAGAGGUGUUGUGCACGCGGAGUUCGUUCCCCCGGGUCAAACUGUCAACCAGAAGUUCUACUUGGAGGUUUUGAAAAGAUUGAGGGAGAGUAUCCGGAAGAAAAGGGCAGAUCUUUGGCGCACAGGCGACUGGUUCUUCCAUCAUGACAACGCGCCGGCCCACACCGCCCUUUCCGUGAAGCAAUUUUUGACCAAAAACGCCAUGACACCAAUUGUCCACCCCCCAUACUCACCGGAUCUAGCCCCCUGUGACUUCUUUUUGUUCCCCAAAUUCAAAAGGAAUAUGAAAGGAAAGCGUUUUGCCACUGUGGA